ACGCUGCACCAGUCCGAGCAGAACCAGUCGAGCUCCCAGUGGAAGAUGGCGGUGGGGAUGCUGGCUGGAGCGGGAGCUCGGCGCUGGAUAUGCUCGCGAAGCGACCCGGCGUGGCUGUCGUAGAGGGAACCAUGGACACAUUGCGGCCGUUUCUCUGCGGAUUGUGGACUGUUUCGCGCAGGAACCCGAAGCUUUGACUCUGGCAGAGACCCGGGUUCUCGUCGUGAACGGAUAGUCGGGAGCAAACAUGUCGGAUUCCAAGGUGAAAGUUGCGGUGAGAGUUCGGCCCAUGAACCGCAGGGAACUGGAGCUGAACACCAAAUGUGUGGUGGACAUGGAGGACAACCAGGCGGUUUUGCACCCUCCACCGACGAGUGCGAAGGCAGAGAACAGGAAGCAAGCAAAGGUGUUUGCCUUCGACCACUGUUUCUGGUCCAUGGACGAGGCCAAUGUUCCUAAAUAUGCUGGUCAAGAGGUGGUGUUCAAGUGCCUCGGGGAGGGAAUACUUGAAAAUGCAUUCCAAGGAUAUAAUGCCUGCAUAUUUGCCUACGGACAAACCGGUUCAGGCAAGUCCUUUUCCAUGAUGGGGAACGGGGACCAGCCUGGUCUGAUCCCCCGACUCUGCUGCUCCCUCUUUGAGAGGGUGCAGAAGGAUUCCAGUGAAGCCCACUCUUUCAAAGUGGAGGUCUCUUACAUGGAGAUCUACAACGAGAAAGUCCGAGAUCUUCUGGACCCCAAGGGAGGCCGACAGUCGCUGAAGGUUCGGGAACACAAAGUCCUGGGUCCGUACGUCGAUGGAUUGUCUCAACUGGCUGUGACAAACUUUGAGGACAUCGAGGUUCUCAUGUCGGAGGGGAACAAGUCUCGCACAGUCGCUGCCACCAACAUGAACGAGGAGAGCAGUCGUUCUCACGCCGUCUUCAGCAUCAUCGUCACGCAAACGCUCUACGAUCUACAGUCGGGGAACUCGGGCGAGAAGGUGAGCAAGCUGAGUCUGGUGGACCUGGCAGGAAGCGAGCGGGUGUCCAAGACGGGAGCGGCUGGAGAGAGACUCAAGGAAGGGAGCAACAUCAACAAGUCCCUCACCACGCUGGGCUGCGUCAUAUCUGCGCUGGCUGACCAGUCGGCAGGGAAGGGGAAGGCGAAGUUCGUGCCUUACAGAGACUCUGUCCUCACCUGGCUGCUCAAGGACAACCUGGGCGGCAACAGUAAGACAGCUAUGAUCGCGACAGUGAGUCCCGCUGCUGAUAACUACGAGGAGACCCUGUCUACCCUGCGCUACGCUGACCGGGCAAAAAGAAUCGUGAACCAUGCAGUGGUCAAUGAAGACCCCAACGCUCGGAUCAUCAGAGAACUCAGAGAAGAGGUGGAGAAGCUGAGGGUUCAGCUCACUCGGGCCGAGUCAAUGAAGGCUCCAGAGCUGAAGGAGAAACUGCAGGAAUCUGAGAAGCUCAUUCAGGAGAUGACGGUCACAUGGGAGGAGAAACUACGGAAGACGGAGGAGAUCGCAACUGAACGCCAGAAGCAGCUGGAGAGCAUGGGCAUCUCCUUGGAAACAUCCGGCAUCAAAGUGGGCGAAGACAAGUGUUUCCUGGUCAAUCUGAACGCAGACCCGGCCCUCAACGAGCUGCUGGUGUACUAUCUGAAGGAGCUCACCCACGUGGGUGCUGACACAUCUCAGGACAUUCAGCUCUUCGGGAUCGGAAUUCAGCCGCAGCACUGCGUCCUGGAGCUUUGCCCGGACGGUGAAGUCACCUUGGCGCCUGUUGGAAAUGCCAGAACCUGUGUGAACGGCACCACGGUGGAUUCCUUGGUCCACCUGUGGCAUGGAGAUCGCAUCCUGUGGGGCAACAAUCACUUUUUUAGGAUUAAUCUUCCCAAGAGGAAGCGGCGGGACCGGCUGAAGGAGCUGGAGAGAGCGUCGCCCAGGGAGAGCUACACGGAGGCAGAUGUGGAAACUGCCAGCGAGGCGUCUUCGGAGCAGGAUUACAGCUAUGAGUUUGCACAGAUGGAGGUCAUCAUGAAGACUCUGGGGAACAACGACCCCAUGCAGAACGUGGUCCAGGUUCUGGAGAAGCAGUACCUGGAGGAGAAGCGGACGGCUCUGGAGGAGCAGAGGGCGAUGUACGAGCGAGAGCUGGAAUCACUCCGGCAACAGCUGACGCCUGAGAAGACGCUGCGGCACAACCGCAGCAGCAGCGAGUGCCUCUCGGUCCACGGCAAGCUCCGACUGUGGACGGAGGAGCGUGACGAGCUCUUCCGGCAGAGCCUCUCCCGGCUCCGGGAACAGGUGGUGAGGGCCAACACCUUGGUGCGAGAAGCUAACUUCCUGGCAGAGGAGAUGAAUAAGCUGACGGACUACCAGGUCACCCUCCAGAUCCCUGCUGCCAAUCUCAGUGCCAACCGCAAGCGUGGCGCCAUAGUGAGCGAACCGGCCAUUCAGGUGCGCAGGAAAGAGAGAGGCACGCAAGUGUGGACCAUUGAGAGGCUGGAGAACAAGUUGGUGGACAUGAGAGACCACUACAGAGACUGGAAGGAAGGCUCGGAGGAGGUGCAUUACAAAGCCAACACCAAGCACUGCGACCCUUUCUACGAGGCUCAGGAGAACCACAACCUCAUAGGCGUGGCCAAUGUCUUUCUGGAGUGCCUUUUCCAUGACGUCAAGCUGCAGUACGCCAUCCCCAUCAUCAGCCAGCAGGGGGAGGUGGCGGGCAGACUGCACGUCGAAGUAAUGCGGGUCAGCGGCGUCCUGCCAGAGCGUCUCUGUGGCGGAGACGAGUCUUCAGAGAACUCCAGUGAAAGCAGCUUCUGCGAAGUGAUGGACCCCAGCGGAGAGAUGGUGCACAUGAGCAAGAGACUGACCUGCAGGGUGCGGAUCAGAGAGGCCACUGGUCUGCCUCAUCACCUCUCCAACUUUGUUUUCUGUCAGUACACGUUUUGGGAGCACGGUGAGCCCACAGUGGCUCCACCGAUGGUCAGUCCAGACAGGCCGUCUCCUCGGAACCCUGAAGCCCGGUUCGCGGUCCAGUUCAACCAUUGUAAGGACCACGCGGUUCAUGUGACGGAUGAGUUUCUGGAGUUGAUCUCAGACGGAGCUCUUGCCAUCGAAGUCUGGGGCCACUGCUGUGCCGGGAACGGCCGUUCACUCUGGGAGUUGGACGCAUUGGAGGCCAAGACACGGACGCUGAGGGACAGGUGGAGGGAAGUUUCUCGCCGGAUCGAGUUGUGGACCUCCAUCCAGGAGCUGAACGAGCAGGGCGAGUACUCGGCCGUGGAGCUGCAUCCUGGGAAAGACGUGAGCACAGGAGGAGUCUUCCAGCUGCGGCAGGGUCACUCCAGGAGGCUGCACGUGGGUGUGCGGCCGGUCCAGAACUCGGGCACGCUGCCUCUGCUGGUGGAGGCGCUCCUGUCCGUGUCGAUCGGCUGCGUGUCGGCUCGCUCCACCAAACUGCAGAGGCCGCUGGACAGUUAUCAGAGAGAGGUGGAGGACGAUAUGGAUAGUUAUCAGGAGGAAGACCUGAACUGCGUGCGGGAGCGCUGGUCCGAGGCGCUGAUCAAACGUCGGGAGUACUUGGACGAACAGAUCAAGAAAAUCAUCCACAAGCAUGAGAAGUCAGAGGAGGAUGUGGAGCGUGAAGCUCGGCUGGUGGAGCAGUGGGUCGGUCUGACGGAGGAGAGGAAUGCGGUGCUGGUUCCUGCGCCCGGCAGCGGCAUACCAGGGGCUCCUGCUGACUGGACGCCACCUGUCGGAAUGGAGCUCCACAUCCCGGUCCUUUUUCUGGAUUUAAAUGCCGAUCAUCUGACCCUGAGCGAGCAGCUGACUGGACCACAUGCUGCUGGAGUGAACUCCAUCCUGCCCAAGGAGCACGGAAGCCAGUUCUUCUACCUGCCCAUCAUCAGGCACUGUCAUGAAGAGCUGUUCCAGGUGUCGGCUGUGUGCUCCUGGGACUCCUCCAUCCACGAUUCUGUUCACCUGAACCGGCUCACGUCUCCGCACGAGCGCAUCUAUCUGAUCAUCAAAGCCACGGUGCAGCUCAGCCACCCGGCCUCCAUGGAGCUGGUUCUCCGCAAGAGGAUAGCUGUCAAUGUCUACAACAAGCAGAGUUUCACCCAGAGCCUGAAGAAAAGAAUGUCGAUGAAGAACUCGCUCUUCUCGUGUGGCGUCACCUAUGAGAUCGUGUCCAACGUACCAAAGGCCUCGGAGGAGCCGGAGGAGAGGGAGACCUUGGCCCUGAUGGCGGCGCGGGGAGACAGCGAGGAGACUCAGGAAGGAGAAAGCUACAUUGAGAAGUACACUCGAGGAGUGCUGGAGGUGGAGAACAUCCUGAGUCUGGAGAGGCUGCGACAGGCGGUGACGGUGAAGGAGGCUCUGGCUGCCAAGGGGAGACACCCGAGGAGGAGUGUCAGCACCCCCAAUGUUCAGCAUGCUUCCUGCUGUCAGGCGGACCUGAGCGGCUGUGAGGAUCUGGACUGUCAGAACCACUGCGACCACUCGGAGCCCUGCAGUCCUCAGAACGGAUCCACGAGCCGUGCUCCGGUCAGGAGCAAAGAGACCUCCGUUUCGCUCCCGGAGAGUCCCACCUUUUUCACCUCCAGCCCCUUUAAGAUCCUCUCCCCUCAGCCGCCCAAGUUCCUGAAGUCUCUGCUGCCAGUCAAGGAGGAGGCCAGGAAGGUCCUGGAGACCCGCCCGCUGCUGGGACAGGCGGAGAGCAUGCGCUCAUGGUUGCCCGGCAACUGCCAGCCCCACACCUCCUCCUGCACCCCCCACUGCGCUCUGGACUCUGAGGAGGAGGAAUCGGACGCGGACCGGACCGCAGGGCGCCGCGGCGGCUACGUCCCGGAGGACUUUGCCAACUUCGACAGCUACAACGCCGCGCUGGAGAGCCACGAGAGGCUGGCGUGUCCUAGCCCCAGCACCUGCACCAGCGGCUACUUCUCACACAGCGCCUCCAGUGCCACGCUGUCCGACGUGCCUUUGAGCCUCAGCGAGAGCUGGGACCGCCUCAGCCUGGCCGCCAGAGACGCUCGCACCGGGAGCCACCCUGCGCUUGACGACGCCGCAGACCAGUUCACCGACUUUCAAGGGGCGGACGCGGAUCUGUCUCUCCUGUCGGACGGGUGGAGCGUGGAGCCCACUGCCGACGCCCCGGCCCCCUCGUUCGCCCGCCUCGUGGCACCCGCAUUUGCCCCGCCUCUCGCUGCCCCGGGCCUUUCACCAGCUUUGAGGGGAGGGGAGCCUCUCAUCCGGGAGCCCGCUCAGGGAGACCUGCCUCACGGAAGUCCUUGUCCCAGCCCAAACCCCAGUAGCGCUGAGCCUUCGGGGGACUCCAGCGGGGAUGAGGGCUCCCCAGUGGCCCAGCUUCCCGACUGGAUGGCCCCCGGGGAGCAGGUGUGGGUGGGGAAGCGCAGAGGGACGGUUCACUACGUGGGUGGUGUGGAGUUCGCCAAGGGGAUCUGGAUCGGCGUGAUGCUGGACCUGCCUGUGGGCAAGCACAACGGGACCGUCCAGGGCCGGGUCUACUUCCGCUGUCCCCCAGGCCACGGCGUGUUCGUGAAGCCGCCUCGCCUCGCCAGUGCUCCGCCCUCCAUGGACACAGAACCUCAGACGCUCGUCCCACAGAAGCCGCUCUGAGGAUGCCUGCUACUGUCUUGAUGCCCGUUGAUCUUCAGCAUAUCGGGGGACGCCAAAGAGCACCUGCUGUAGUCCUCCACACCUGAAGCUUGCUGCCGUAUUGGACCAUUGUUGAGUACUGUAACACUGGAUGAAGCAGUCCCAGUCGCGGGGCGGCGUUCGGAUGCUUGCCUUACUGCUUCUGUGAGAGCCAGCGAGUCACCCGACCCGUGUGCGUGCGCGCGUGUGUGUGUGUUAUCAUCCCUGGUCGUGACUGAUGUGUAACGACACGCUAACAGGUACUGAAUAAUGCAUUUUCCUGGCCCGAGGGUCCGGUUACAGGAGCUGCGAGAGGUGGAUCCUGUGAGGUCACUUUUUAGGCCCUACUUUUCAAAAAAGCUCCCAGUGGAGGAGUUGGACACGAUUGUUGCCGUCAGCCUGUACAGAGGUGUAUUUAAAUGGUCUGGGUUCCAGAACACCGCAUUUACAAUCAGCACUGGCUCGGCUGCAUUUCUUCCCCAGCGCUUCUCCAUCACGGUGAGCACCUCCUGCUGUGUGAGCGUCCGCUGAAUCCACGUCGACUCUCGCCCAGGUGUAGCCUGCGCUGGUCAGCAGAACUCAGUCAUCUGGUGCUCCUCUUGUGCAGAGUCCCGGCUGCUGCUCAUCAGUCCAGUCUGCAGUAGGUCAACACGUCGUGUCUCCACUAAUGUCCUUCACAUGGAAGACCACACUCACAUUUAAUCACUGACUUUGACAAUAAAAUGAGCGAUGUAGCGUAA